GCCUGCUGCCGCAGCGGGCGGCGGUGUCCGCGCACAGCCACGCGUGGCCGGGGCGGUGCAGCCUCGGGGUCCGGCCGGAGCCCUUCUUGCAGCAGCUGAGGAAACGUGUGCUUGCAGAGCUGGGUAGCGAGAGCGUGACCGAGCAGGCUUACGGGGCAAAGGUGUCUCUUUAAAUUUUAAAGGAGGAACCUGUGAAAAUAAUUUUAAAAAUAAUCCGAGCAGUGGCUCUUCCUUGCUGUGCUCGGUGCUCUUUUUAAGGCACUUUUGUGGAGAGGCAGAGAUCUCUUCCACGCAGCAAUCACCUUGUUUUCAUUAAUGUCAGUCAACGCAAAUUAAGCGUGGAGAUGGAAUCCAGAAAGCGUGGCGUUGGCUAUGGGGCCGGGCGGCAGCCCGGUGCCCGGCUGGGAGAAGGCGAGGCGCUGCCCCCGAGCGGUGCUCCCUCCGGCAGCGCAGGGGUGGGAGCCGGGCGGCUGCAGGCAGGAGGGGGCCCGGGGACAGCGGGCAGGGCCGGGCUGCGCGCAGCAGGUAACUGGGGAGGAAUUCGAGGCGAGCACCGAGGAGCUCGCUGAUAUCAGGGACUUCUGUAGAAACUUCGCUGGGUAAUAAUUCCCAAUCCCAAUCACGUAUUUUAUCGUGGCUGUCGUGCUAUCCGUGGUUGCUGAAGCCAGUCUAAGCAUUUCCAUCCUAUCUUCGGUUACUUACAUUUCGAAACAUCUUUCAGGCUGAAAAUUUCCAGGCUUAAUCUUUGCCUGAAGGUUCUCUCCUCCACCUCCCCCUUCUUUUAAUUGAGUUUGAGAUAAGGUGAUCCAGUUAGGGUUGUUUUUAAAGGUAAAACCUUCAAGGAAGGGAGUUGGAUAUUGUCAGAAAGGAAGGCACUAUUUAAAGCAUCAGAAAAGUAUAUGGAAGGGGGGAAUAUGAUUAGCUUAGGGGUUUUCACUUGCUAUUUUUAUUAGUAAGUACUUGGAGCUGUGUGGUGGAAGGGUUUUGAUUUGAUGAGCCUCGAGAACUUAAAUCUUGUUACUUUUUUGCGUUUCUCCCCAUUAAGGUCAGUGUUGGGCUGUGCAGAACAGGUUAAAGCGGAGGCACGCUCUUGCCAGGCUCGAAGGGGUGAUGCUUGCACAUGUGGCGCGAGCCUUCACAAUGGGUUUCUGCUGCCAGUAGUUUGCUUGAGGUUUAAUCUGGUUUUGUGGUUUAAGCAUGCAUGGUUCCUUGCAACUUUUUUUUUUUUUUUGAUUGUUCUAAUAGAGCUUUCCCUAAACUAGGAAGGCUUUUUUUUCUUGUUUUUUUCUUUUCUUUUUUUCUUUUUUCUUGUCUUUUCUUUCUUUCUUUUUCUUUCUUUGUGGUGUUUUCCCCUGUUUCACUGACUGGGCAGGUUUCAGGAGUUUAUACUGAAGUCAUUAUGCUGCAAUAUUCUAAAAUAUUCCAAACUUCUUGCUGAGUUCAGUGAGCCAGAGUGCAUGCUUCACAGCAGCCCUCUGCUCCCCCUGCAGUGGGGGAAGUAGGACUUGGGGGCAGUCACCUACUGCCCCCAGAGCAGAGGUGGGUUUCUGAGGCCAGGAGGGACAAAAAGUAGAAUGAAGCAAAGGCCUUAGUGCAUGGCCUGCUGAACAUGUGAAGGAAAAGGGUUUUGUUUUCAAGAUGCAUCCUGCAGUGCCUGUGCCAGGUUUGCAGUUAAACUGCUGGAAGGUGUUGCCUUAAGUUAGAGUUUUAUGUACGUGGAUAAAGUAUGUCCAUUUCGCUCAAGAGUGGCAAUGAACCUGGAAAGCAAGGUGUAAGGUGUAUGCAUAGUAAAACAAAGCAGCUCCUGAAGGGUGUGCGAGGCUGCAGCCCUGUUUGAAGCAGUGCUUCUGCAGAAGGAGAGCUCCGAGAGGCUGCGUGGCGGUGAGCAGCCGGCAGUGGGCUGCACUGCCAAGGGAGAGCCUCUGCGAGAGCGUGCGUGAAAUAGUUCCUGGUCCUGAGUUUCAUUUUUAUUUCUUAACCAAAACCAAAUGGAUACUCAAGGAUUAAAGAAGGGGGAGGGAAAAUUAAAGCUAAUUCCCUCUUCUUAACCCAUUUCCCUUCUUUUCAUAUACAAACUGUUGUACUGAACAGUCAGUAGAUGCAGAGAAUGGAGCAAGAUUGAAAAGCGGGCUGACUUUAGUACAGCUGGGAAGAACAUCCAGAUGAUAGGACACAGUUCCAAGAGGGCUGAAAGAAGAUUUUGUGCAUUGCAUAGGGUCAGCUUUUCUAGUUUCUGUCUUCCAGUGUCUGUUGUGUCUUCCUUUUAGAACACUUGCUGCUGGUAAUGAGAUGCUUCUCCAUUCGAAACUGUAGAUAAGAGGUUGUAUGACAACUUCUAAGUCAAAGGUGACCCCUAUUGCUUGGGACCUGUGUACUGUUAUUUAAAAUGGCUUUUAUGAAAGUUUCUAGGUCUUGUUCCCCCGCCAGGCUAAUCUCAAGUGACUUUUAAAAAGACAUUUAAACACUGAAACAAAGUGCAUUAAAUUGGUUCAUUCUGGCUGUAGUGAAACCAGGCUCAGCUAGUCCUAGCUGUGUGAUUUUUCCCAUGUAGAUGUGUUUUUUUUAAGGGUCACUUACUUUCUUUUAUGGUGUCAGAUAAAGGCUGCCACCAUUUUAUGAAAACGCACCUUUUAAGUUUUCCACCCAGUAAUGAAACAGAAUCUUAAUGAGUGCCACUUUGAAAAGGAAAAAUCCUUUCUUGUCGUUAUUCUGUGCAAAGAAAAUGAAAGUAAGAGAAGCAUUUUAAAAAAUAUAUUUUUAUUGUUUUUCCUGGAGGUAUUCCAUAGGGUUAAAUCCCCCCAUUGCCUUGUAGGCAAGAUUCUCAUUGUAAUUGUCUGGAAUUUUGACCUGGCUGGGGCUAAAAGAUUUAGCCCUUGAUUAGCUUUUUAGCAGUAUUUGCUGAGGAUUAUAGCAGGGGGAUUGCUCCAGAUUUAUUACCGAGAGCAAAACUUAAGAUCCUGGCCUUACAGCCAGCUUUUGGUUUUGCACAUGAAUUAGAAGAGAAGUCAACUCAAGUCAAGCUUCAGGAUGCACUGUUACUGUCUGGGACAGUUCCCUGCAAACCCUCCUCUACUUAUUACCCACGUUACUUUAUAGGGACGCCUCAUGGAGGGACUGGGGGGGAGGGGUCCCAUCUGACUUGGAAUUCAGGAGAGACCACUGAAGUCAGUUUUUCUCUCCAGGAUGAUGGAAACUGACAAGUUAUUGCAUUAACCCGUUAGAUAUGUAUUCGAUAAUCCUGGAAGUUGACAUAAGUGUUUUGGUUUUGGUAAUAGGAUUUCUUGCUUUGAGAUGUGACAUAGUGUAGCUAUUAGUUGUCCUUAAGAAGUGACAUGAGGCAAUUUGCAACUGCUGCAGGCAUCAACAGGAUGUCAUUGCCAGCCCUUUACAUGGAAAAGGGAGGGUAAAAUAUUCCGUAGCGCUACAGCAAACAAAUCUCGAAUACUGAGCUUGUAGCUACCUAAUAUUUUGAUCCUAGAGGUGGCAAAGUAAACAUAACAGCAGCAACAUACAUUUCAUUUUACUAGAAGCUUUGUUUCUUCUUCUUCUUUUUUAAAAUCUACCAAUUGUGGUUAUUGUGGCAGAGCAGUACUCAUCAGGAGUAUGGGGGUUUCCUAACAGGAAGCAAAGCCCUGGUGCUGACAGGCAUUUCUCCCAGGAGGCUGCAGUCACCUUGGAGGUCAGGUGCUCUGUUCCAGAUGGGUAAAACUGGAGUUCCGUAUUAAAAGAAAAGAAAAAAAGAUAUAUGUCCUUUAGAGAGCUACUGCCCAGAUCUCUUCUAAAGAAAGAAUUCUUUCCAGCAACAAAAUUGAAGCAAAAUGGAUAAAGCCGCUACUGUUUUCCAUAUGUCCCCACACUGUCUCUGACGAAUGCUAACAGCCUUUUCCAUCACAGUACUACCACAGUAUUAUAUAUUCCUUCCAGACAGGUGUGGAGGUUUUUUAUUUCUUUGUUUGUUUUGUUGUUGUUUUGCUUUUGUUGAAAACAAAGCAGGAUGAUCUUGCUUCUUCAGUCUUGAAGCGCCUGUGUUGAAAUCUUUAAAUGCAGGUAAAGACUUAUCACAUAAUCACGAUUUUAAAGAAAAGUUUUACAAGGUUGUUAUAAAUGAAGCUUCUGAUUGGUAAUUCUGCAAAUAAUGCUUCCCAAACUUCUACAACAGCAGUGCCAAAUGUUUAUGUAGAAGAAUAGCAUGAGCAAAGCAUUAAGCGCAUCCAGUAUCUUCAAAACUCCAGUCACUGUUUCCAUUCUUGGCCUCCUGUUUUCUCUCACCCUUCUGCUUCUGUUUCAGAGCUGAUAAGGAGAAAAGGCUUUAUCUUCUCUCUUCUGCUCCCCUCCUGAUUCACACAUUUCCAUGUUGCCUAGCCCUUAUUUGCUUGCUUUCUUCCUUGCUCUCCUGGCUAUAGUCUCUGAAAGUGGCUUGCAUUUCCUCUCCUACCACUGUUAUGUAGCACCAGUCACUAAUGGCUACCAAUGGGCUGUCUGCUGCUAUUUUGCAGCUGGCUUUGCAGCCCUCCAGGCUGUCCUUUGGAGCCUGGUUUCAUCAAAACCACAAGAAAAUGGGCAGCCCUUUGCAGACUGCCGGCAACUGUUUCAUGGACCUGUUAACGUGCUACUGAUGCCUCUUUGAUGCUCAGUUUCUGGAGUCACUGGUAAUGGCCAUAUCCCUUUUCCUCCAUGCUAUUCCAGAAAAGAGUAAGGGAAGGAAAGCACACAAAUUACUUUAACUUUGGGUUUGUAUUUUGUGUAUUUCAGUGUCCAACCCAACUUCUGUGGAGCACUUCAGUGGGAGCUGUUCAGGUCUUUUAGAAAUGGCCUUUGAAACAUUACCUGCGACUUUGGAUGGCUGUACACGUGUAUUUAGUCUCUCUGGGUCAGGUCUUCUGCAAUGCCGUUAGCUUGUUUGAUAGUUGACUCUGUAUCGCUACAGAGAGCCACAAUGGGAGUGUACAGUUUUCUGUUGAAAAAUUCUCUCAAGAGCUCAUGAUUUUUUUCCAUCUCUCCUCGUAACAUUUCUACUACUCCGCAGACAUGGCUCACCACGCAAGGCCUUCCAGAUUAGCAAAAAAGGAAGAGAUAGGCAAAAGAAAAACUAACCAGGGUAAAAAGAAAUCUAGCCAAGUGAGAAAGAAAACCACAAAGACUUCCACAAAAGCUGUUAGUUCUGGAAAAGGCAAAAAGCCGGCACAAGAAAAAGAUGUUAAGAAAAAGCAGCAAGAAAAGAAACCAAUCAUGAGCUCUUCAGGUAGAUUUCUCAGGAGCAGUGUCACCAGAACCUUGUCUGGAACACCUUGGGUGAGUUUGGAGAAAGCUGACAAUAUCCUCUUUCAUAGCCAGGAAGCUUUCAACAUCAAUGGUUUUACAAUGUCUCUGCGUAACCGAUCAUUCUCCCGUAGAUUUUCUCAAGCUCCAACAAUUGCAAAACCCAGAAAAACUGCAGCACAAAAAAAGCUAGAAACAAAGGAAAAACAUGAACAAGCUCUGGCAGUAGUAGAAGAAAAAAAUGUUGAAGCAUCUGAAAAAGUGUUGGAACAGAAUUUAGCACAAGAUGAAUUAGCUUCUCUGCCUGUAGAGGAUAUUCCAUGCAGUGUAGCUGAAGAGCCUGCUGCCACAUGUGCUGGUCAAGAAGAGGAGGGAGAAAUACCUGAAACGAAGAGCUCUGUUCCAAGCACCCAAGUAGCUGAUGACAAUACAGCAGUGUCAGAGGUGGAGUAUGAGCACGAAGACCUGCCCUGUGAGCCAACACUCGUUGAUCUCAAUGCAAGUAGUGCAGCUGAAGCAUUUGUUGAAGAUGCUGCAUUGGUGCUUCCGUCUUCUGAUUCCAUAACCACCUCUGAAUCAACCUCGAAGGUGUGUAUAGAGACUCCCUUUGACUUGGUGCCUAACAGUAAAGAAUCUGACUCUGGUUCUAUUGAUACCUCAGACCCCAGUUCAGCCGUGCUGUUAGAAGAGUUGGUCCCACUUGCUGAAUCCCACACUGAAGCAGAGUCAGACCUGGUGCUAGCUAGUGAAGAACACAACUCGAAUUCCGCACCCACAGUUACCUCUGAAUUAAAUUCACAAGAAUGUUUAGAAGAUUUGAGUUCAUUUGCAGAGUCCUGCUUAAAAGGAGAUGGGGAUUUGGAGUCUGAGAAUGUACACCUUGGUUCACAUUCCAACUCUGAAGCUGCCACUGGAUCAAAUUCACUUUUACAUUUUGAAAGUGUAAGCUCCCUUGUGGAAUCCAACAUGAAACUCGUGGAUUUUGUGCCCGUUCACAAAGAGCUUGACUCAUGUUCAGACUUGAGCCGUACAGUAGAGAAUACAGAAUCAGACUCAAAAAAUAUAUUUACAGCAAGCGAACCAGUUUCUGAUACCUCUUUAACCAAUAUUGAAGUGGAGGAUAUUGAACAGCUUGUUAAAUGUAUUGAUGCAGAGACAUUAAUUUUGAAUUCAGGUUAUGUCCCUGCUUUAUCAUCAGAUAUAGAAAAAAGAGCAGUCGAUAAUAUCUCCAGUGAGAGCUCCAGAGAAUUCUCUGAAGGUUUUGUUUCAGAGUUGCCUUCAAGCACGGAAAUCUCUGUUCUUGCCUUAGAAAAAGCCAUAAAUGCAGAUUUGCCAGCUGACUUGAGACUGCAGCAGAAUGAUUAUUCAUCACAGCUGGAAAGUGUUGGAAUAAGCUUGAAUUUGGUUCAGGACAACGUGAGCAACAGCACUCAAACAGUUGAGGCUUCAGGUCCAUCCUCUCUUACAAAUCCAGCUGGUGGUUACCCUCCUGCAUAUUCAUCUGUGCUCCCUAUGUUAGAGAAAAAGAAACGAAGGCGUUGUGGAGUCUGUGAGCCCUGUCUGCGGAAAACAAAUUGUGAAGAAUGCAGCUGUUGCAGGAAGCGCAAAACCAGUCACCGGAUAUGUAAAAAGAGAAAAUGUGAAGAACUGAAGAAGCCACCACCACCAAUCACACUACCUUUUGAGGUUCUAACUGAAAACAAAAGACCUCAGAGGAGGAAGCAAAGAGUUUUUAAGGCAAAUUUAGAAAACAAACCAGUAAAUGGCCGCAGACCAGAACUCAUGGAAUGCAGUAUUUGCGGUCAUGGUGAAAAAUACAGGGUGAAAACAAACCAAACACAACCCUUUGAAAAUGCACAGUCUAAGGAGAAAGAAAGAAUGACAGGCUUAGAAGCAGAGAAGUGGGCACAUAACGAGAAGCCAUCUUUUGGUGUUCAUGUCAAUGGAGAUACCCAUGGAACUGUGACAGGCCACGAACACUUGAGAAAUGCAGAAGAAAGUGAAAGAGCGGUCUCUCCCAGUCAAUUAGCUGAGCCAAAAAAAUCAUUUGCACAGACCAUCAAAAAUGGCAUAAAAACCCUACAUUACUCAUCACCAGAAGCAGUUGCUUCGCUGAAAAAAGCAUCUGUAGAGGAAAGGACAGAUUUGACAAGUAACUCCCAUGCCCAGUGGAUGAAGGCUACCAAUCUGAAUGACAUAGUCAGCACUCUGACAACUAGCGUUAGCUGUGUUCACCCAGACAAACAAGGGAAUCUUUUCAUGAAAGAGGAAAAUUGUACUUGCAGCAUCUUUCAGGAUUCUCAUAAGUCAGUAUUGCAAACCAGUUCUGUUUUGGAUCUGCAAGAAAGCACAUGUUGUCCUCCAUUGGUUAAAGACGAAGUGCAUGGAGAGGAUGGCUUCAAAGUACCUAACACAGAGACACAGCAUGAGAAUCCCUCGCUCCAGCCAACUUUCUUGUCCCUGAUUAAAAACAGAAACCUAACUGUGGAGCAGGUUGUAGCUAUUGAAGCUUUAACACAGUUAUCUGAAGUCCCUUUAGGAACAUCUUCCCCAGCUAAAGCUGACAAUACUGAAUGUACGGAAGAAAGAACUUCCAACUUGCUCCAUAGUUAUAAAAGGGAUAUUUCAUCCUCCUUUACGUCUUCUACGUUAAAAGAAAUCAAAGACACUUACUUAGAGAAAGAAGAACAGCUCUUGACUCACUGUGCUCACUCACAAAAGCAGCUCCCAAAUAAGCCAGUGUUAUACAAUGGUCAAAGUUCGAUUUCUGAAUUGCGUGAUAAACCUCCCAAUCUAGCUAGCGAGAUGUAUAAAUUGCAGUUAUCCUCGAGAGAUACCAAAACUUUAUCUGAGUUGAGAUCUAAUGCAAAAUCAUUUUCAGGACUUAAUACCAAGAAAAACUAUGAUCCAGUCACCCUUUCACGGUGUUGCAAUGUCCAGCAUACAAGCAACAACUUGGAUACUCUUGGCCAGUUAGAUCAAAAGCCAACCUGUAAUGAUUCGAGCUUGGAAGCUGGUUCUUUAAUUAAAGAAGGAGGAAUUCACAGCCAGGAUGAAGAGGAUGUAGCUACUCAACUAACUCAACUUGCAGCAUUAAUUGAAUCAAACCGGGCAAAUCCAGCGCAGAAGAAUGACAUCAAGACAUCACUGCUUAACCUAAUAUCCCAUGAGAGGCAAGCAAAACAUAACCAAGAUCUGCUGCAGAGAAAAGAAUCUGUAUUUUUUAGGCAUAACUGCAGCUCCUUACUGUUAAAGCAAAAACAAUCAACAAAUAAAAAAGGAAAUGCUGUACCAUGGAAACCAAGGCACAAAAAAAAGCCUCAAGAAGCACGCUAUCAACAAAUUAAUCGAAACCAACUAGAGUUGUUGUCAUGCCAGCACAGUGAGUUACAGGACAUUUGGAUAUCAUCAAAACUGCACAAGCUUGGUCAAGCCAUGCCACAGGACUCCAGAAUAGCUCUGGCUGAAAAAAAAUCACCGAGAACCAAAGUACAGAAAGCACUGAAUCAAAAUGCGCUAACAUUACAGGAAAAACCUAGGUUGUUUCUUCCUCAAACACAGAUAAAAUUCCAUAGGUUAUCUGAGGUACCACAGGAGAAAAAAAAAGACAGGUUGUUUGGCUAUGAAGUGGUGAAUGAGCAAAUCAAAACUGCAGGCUCCAGUGACCCACCAGGCAUCGUUCCAGUGAAAAACGACAUUGCUCCGUGUAACCAAUAUAGUGAUCUGCUCUCCCAUAAUCCUCUGUCAGUUUCACAGUUGAAAACAGCAUCCUUGUUAACCAGACCAAGUGAAAACACACAGAUGUUUACAGAAAAAUGUAAUUCUCAGGUACAGCAAGCAGUGAACGUUGGUCAGACACAUCCUUUGCCUCAAACUUUUAGUCAGUCUAACCUGAGAGCUGGUGAAACAUGCGGUGAAGAUAAAGCCUAUGUCCAGCAGGGUGCUGUUGAUCAACGGGUAGAUCCGAAGUCGCAGAUGCUGCCUGUUUCCUGCAGUGCGGGUCAGGUGCCAGGCACUGUGGAAGCUCUCAGGAACAUGGAGUGUGCAGGUGAAGUUACCAUUCUAACGUCAAGAAGUUUGGGUACUGACCAUCCACAGAGCACAGGCGACUCAGGGUGUUCUCCAGCAAAAAACACACUCAGCAGUUUUCUCGAAUCACCUAUGAAGUUUCUCGAUACUCCUACAAAAAAUUUAAUAGAUACACCUACAAAAAAAGGACAGUCUGAAUUGCCAACUUGUGACUGUGUUGAGCAAAUUAUUGAGAAAGAUGAAGGCCCGUAUUACACACACCUCGGGACAGGACCAAGUGUUGCUGCUGUGAGAGAAAUAAUGGAGAACAGGUAUGGAGCAAAAGGAAGCGCUGUGAGAAUAGAGGUAGUCGUUUAUACAGGAAAGGAAGGAAAAAGCUCUCAGGGGUGUCCGAUUGCCAAGUGGGUGAUACGAAGAAGUAGUGAUGAGGAGAAGUUGCUAUGCUUGGUACGUCAGCGUGCGGGACACCACUGUCAGACUGCUGUCAUAGUGAUUCUCAUACUGGCGUGGGAGGGGAUCCCUCAUCUCCUGGCUGAUACGCUGUACAAAGAGCUGACGCAGAGCCUCAGAAAAUACGGCUGUCCCACGAGCCGCAGAUGUGCACUGAAUGAAGACCGUACAUGUGCAUGUCAGGGACUUGAUCCAGAAACAUGUGGAGCAUCGUUCUCAUUUGGCUGUUCAUGGAGUAUGUAUUUCAAUGGAUGUAAAUUCGCCAGAAGCAAAAACCCCAGGAAAUUUAGGCUUCUCACUGAUGACCCUAAACAAGAGGAACUUCUUGAACAUAAUUUGCAAACUUUAGCUACUGAUGUGGCUCCGGUUUAUAAAAAGCUUGCUCCUGAAGCUUUCCAGAACCAGGUGGAAAAUGAACACAUGGGCCCAGACUGUCGGCUUGGAUCCAAGGACGGUAGGCCUUUCUCUGGUGUCACAGCUUGCAUAGAUUUUUGUGCCCAUGCCCAUAAGGACACACAUAACAUGCACAAUGGAAGCACUGUGUCCAAAGGCUGCACAGUAGAGGUCUGUACAUUAACAAAGGAGGACAACCGGAGAGUCGGGGUGAUUCCAAGUGAUGAGCAGCUCCAUGUGUUACCUCUCUACAAAAUUUCACAAACAGAUGAAUUUGGCACUGAAGAGGGAUUGGAAGCUAAGAUAAAAGCCGGAGCCAUACAGGUGCUCACAGCGUUUCCCAGAGAAGUACGGAUGUUAGCCGAGCCUCUGAGAGCUACAAAGAAAAAGAAACCUGACACAAGGAGGACCCUGAGUGAAAAGCAGCAAUUAGUGGAUAAGAAAUAUUCAACACCAAUAAAACUGAAAACUGAAGCGCCAGAAAAUCUCAGUAACACUUUGCAUUGCUUAGGGAACAAAGCAGAUGCUUUAAAACCUGGGAUUAAAACGGAGACUUCUGAUCACCUCUGUGCCAUGAAACAUACUUCAAACACUACGAAAAAUUGCUCCCUAUUAAAACAGUAUACGGCUUCCCCCCCUUUUAAGGUGGAUAGUUUACAUCCUUAUUCAUCGUUAGCACAUAAGCCUGGAAUAACAGCAGUGACUAAUAUUCAACAAGAUUUUUCAGUUCCCUACGGGUAUUUUGAAUGCAGUAGUAAGCAACCUCACGUGACACCUUAUAUUAAUUGUAAGAACUUUGAUGUGUCUGUCAAAGAUUAUACUGGAAUUUUGCUGAAUGAUAAGAUGAACGGUGUGCCGCCAAUUCUUCCAGAGGUCACUGCUCCAGGCCCCCCAGCCCACAAAGACCCCCUGCCCAGUAUACUUGAACAUCAGCCAGACAAGCAGAAUUGUCAGCCUCAGUCAGACAGUUCUCCUUCUUCACAGAUGAUCAGCUCUUGCGAUUUGUCGGUACCGUUAAGCUCUCCAGCAAAGGACGCAGUUGGAAAUGAAGCCGACUGUUCCCACAGAUGCCCGGUGGAAAAGGGUAGCUCCCAUCGAGAACAGAUGUGUGAUUUUGACUGCACUGACGAAAAGCAAAACAGUGCACUGGGACAACCGACUGACUCUGAAGAAAAAGCUGAGGAAAUGUGGUCAGACAGCGAGCACAACUUUUUGGAUGAUGACAUCGGCGGCGUCGCUGUGGCACCUUCUCAUGGUUCUAUCCUAAUCGAAUGUGCGAGACGUGAACUCCAUGCUACCACACCUAUUAAGAAACCCAACCGCAAUCAUCCCACGCGGAUCUCCUUAGUAUUCUACCAACACAAAAAUUUAAAUGAGCCAAAACAUGGUUUAGCCAUGUGGGAAGCAAAGAUGGCUGAGAGGGCGAAAGAAAAAGAAAAAGAAGCAGAAAGAUUAGGAACAGAGAACACUGAACUGAACUCCAGCAGCAGGAAAACAAAGCAAACAAGUGAAAACAGAGAGAUUUUUUAUGAGGACAAUGAGUUCAACCAAAUUCCAUCACGCAGAGCAUUAACAGUAACUAAAGAUAACGUAAUAACAGUAUCUUCUUAUGCCCUUACGCGAGUUGCAGGGCCUUACAACCAUUGGGCAUAGGCUUGAGUAUCAAAUGCCUCCUCUUGGUGCAGCGUUACGCAGUGUUUCUUUAAGGUGCUGUUAAAGAACAAGUCUCGUGUCGUUUACUAUUUGCUCAUCUCAACCAUUUUAAGGCUGAGGUAAAAAAAAAAAAAAAAAAAAAAAAGAAAAAUAGGGGGGAUUUCUUCUUAAACUGUGACUUUAACAUUUGGUGGUGCUCAAGCACAUUUUAAGCAAAAAAAAAAAAAAAAAAGUUGUAUAGUUUUAAUACAUUCUAAAAAAAAAAGAUUUUGUUUAGGUUAUUAACCUUGAUUGAAAUCAUUCAGUUUAUUACCUUUAGGAAUUUAUAUUUUGGUGCUUUAAAUCAAGUCUGUUUACUACAAAAAUCAUUUAUAGGGAUUUUAACAGGUUCACAUUUUAUGGUGUUAAAUCAAGUUAUACAGUAAUAGCUCUACACAGCUCUUGGUGCUUAACCACAUCAAACAGUUAAAAUAAAUAAGCUGAAUUAUUACUUCAUGGUGCCAUUGCUUUAACAACUUCCAACCAUUGCUACGUAAUACAAAUUGCGGAGAAACCUUUUAGAAAACCAAUGAUUCUUUUUCUCUACAUUUGUCCUUCCAUAUGAAAUGAAGUUAUUGGCAAUGAUGGCUGGAAGUUGUUUUUAAGCUGUAAAUAUAUAUUUUAAAAGCACUUUCUAUUUUUAAAAUUAACUUGAAAUAGUAUAGUAUAAGGAUCAUAUUGUCUAAGGUUUGUGCAUACUCUACAGAAGAAAUCAUUUUAUUCUUGCUGUGUAGAGUUCCAUAUUGUUACAGCUGCAGUAUGUAUGCUAAUAGUAUGUGAUUGUUUUUAGACUUGCCCUUUUUUUGUGGAAGAUUUUAUUACAUAUAAACAACUUAUAAAGUACAGAAACAUUUUAUUAUUUGAAAGAGAGUGUGCAAACAUGAAAUUAGGAGACAUCAAUACGUGUGUUGCUAUUGAGGAGUUACGAUUUUUGUUUUUUUAAAGGCAGCAUUUGUUACGAUUUCUUUGAGCAAUAAGUGCAUAAGUCUCAUUCAUUUGGAACAUUAUAAGUUAACGUGACAGCCAAAUGUUCCUAAGACCUCAGGGGUAGAAUUGUUUUGGGAGAAAAAGUACCCCCUAGAGUUGCCUUAUUCUAUUCUGAAAAAAAAUAUACGUAUUAAUUUGAGGAAAAUAUAAAUGAAGUGUUGAAGAAGAAUAACAUUUCUAAUAUUUGACAGCAAAUUUUUUCAUCGAGAAAACCCAUCUGUAAUCUUCACCAGCUAAGUUCAGGUUUUUUACAAAAAUGUUUUGUAAGUUUUUAAGUGAUUUAUACAUUUUGAGUAGAAAAAGUUGUAUUCUUCCUUCCAAGCAUAUGAAUUUUGUUUUCUGGUUCUCUUGGAAAAGUGUCAUACCAUGAAAUGAGUAUUUGCCAAACCAGAGAGAAAACAGGCACUCCAUUGCUUUUAAAUGCUGUAGCAUCCCACUCUUCUUUCUGAUUCUCCUCUCCUAUGUAUUUCCUUUUAAAACUUAUUUAUUUAAACAAAUUACCAAAUGACAAUGUUAGCUAAGGACUGACCUCAUCCUGCAACUUCCUCCAUGAGAACAGUUCCACGUAGCCGUACCCUCCAGUCCGAGUGGGGAGCGCUGCUCAAGCCAGGCCUCUUCUCCUGGCUGUGAGCUGCAGGAUCGGGGCUCAGAGACAAAGCUGUACCUUAAGUCUGCCUCAGAGUCCUCCCGGCUGGGUAACCCAUGGGCGUAACGAGGUUAGAGUUCUCCAGUGUGAAAGUAUACUAAUAAUGUACUUGAUAUUAUUAUACUGUAGUGGUGCUGUAACAGAGGAACAUGAAUUUUCUAGGUCUCCUUUAUUUAAAAUCUAGACAAGGUGCUUUUUCCUUGAAAAGUUGAACUGUAAAUGCAAUGUUUACAGUUUUGGUACGAAAAGUACUUAAAUGGUAUUUUUAACAUAUAGUGCCAGUUAGGACCUUGGUGCUACAAAUACUUAAAUACGGCCGUAGAUCAUUGAGACUGUUCUCCUGUAUAAGCGUAUACACACGUAGUGUUGGCAGGAGCAAGGUCUGAAGUAGCAAUCACUAUAUAACGACCUGGGGUUCAGCUGCACGGAUUCCUGUCGAAGUUAACAGAAAUGUUGGUGGCAGAAGAUGGCUGAACUGAACCCAUUCUUUGUAUCUUCAGUAAAAUUUGUAAAAACCGGGUAUGCUGCAAAUCUUAGUUCAGAGCUUAAUUUUAGUUCAAAUAGAGGAUAUGAAGGGAUUGUAAAUAAUAAUAAAACAAAAACAAUAUUACACCAUCAUUUUGUACCAGCAGUUUUAUGCUUCUUGACUACGUAAUAUACAGUAUACAUCAGAUCAUUAUGGUAUUUUGUGUGCCUUAGAUUUCCAUUUUGAAACUCGUAUAUUUUUGGUGAGCCUAAGACUAGUAAGAACUCUGGCUGUCCAUACAGGAAGUAGAACUGUACGUUCUGUAGCUAUUCCAUUCACAUAUUUGCUAUCUGGAAACCCUUGUCCAAGACUGUGAGCAAUCAUGUGCAGGAAAUACUAGUUGACUGGUUUCACUGCUAGCGCUGAUGGCUUUAGUUUGUGUAAUACGAAUUAAAAAUACCAUUCAGCACUCCUGUAUGAGCAACAACUUUUCUACACAAAACAGUGUUACAGAGCGAUCUACUUACCGCUAGAAAUGUUCCGAUCAUUAAAGUGGAUCAGUUUCACUUGAAUCGCCCCCUAUAAAUGUCCAGGUUUAACUUAGGUAUUAUUAGAAACUUAAGGAUGAAAAUGUUCCAUUCAAAAACCAGCAGCUUCCCUCAAAGAAGUGAGAAAGAAGUGAAAGGUAGAUCUGAAAGGAUACCUCCAAACAUAGCUCGUGGCAAGCCACUGCUCAAGUGACGGCACCAGCAGAAUUUCAGCAAGUUCAGGUCUACCUUAUUUAAGACGGCAGUUUUGAGAGAAAAGUAUAUCUUAACACAAUAGUAAUGCUAUUAACUGAUAGGUGCUAAAACUCAGAGUUACUACUUAUUAAGAUUACUUAUAUGAGAAAUAUAUAUCAUCUGUACAAUAGGUGCUCUUUCCUCGAUUGUCUAUAAUGUAACUACUUUCUCAGUGUGUAUCUAACAGGCAGGUUAGCUGGCCACUUCUGUUUCCUGCUGUGGCACAUAGCAGGUUGUGAUUUAAGAAGUUAGUAUUUUCUAUUGCUGUACUGCGGUGUGAGAAAUACAACCAUUUACUGUUUUUACAACUGUGUGCUAUUUAUUGUAACGUUUCAGAAUAUUUAUCAGCCUUGUAUGCAAAUUAUGGGUUUUUGGGGUUUUUUUUUUGUUUUUUUGUUUUUUUGUUUUUUUGUUUUUUUGUAAGGUUAUCAUUUUUAUAUCAGUAUUUGUCUGUUAAGAUUUGUAAAUCUGUGGAUGUAUUGCUUUCCUUCACAGCCCACACUGCCACUUGCAAUUUGCUCUUACCCCAUAACAAAGUCCUUCCAGGAUGGCCAGAUCAGAAACUGGAUCCAAAGUUAACAUAGAUGGCUAGGCCAGGCCCACUCACUGUACUUGGUUUCUAACAGCUGGCAUUGUUCCUGGUGGGGAAAAAAAAACAAAAUGGAUUCAGGUAUGGGCUGCUGGUGGGAUGUGGUUGCCUUUGGAUCCUUUUCCAGUUCUCUAGCAACAACUGUCGAGACCCAACAUGGGACGGCUUUGAUUUUCUAGGAGAGAUGUCUCUCAUCCCUUUCCCUUUUGGGUCCAGCACCACCGCCCCACCUUCACUGUGAAGGAGUGAGGAGAGAGUAGUGCUUCCUACAGGAGCCAGUUCUGUGUGAGACACUGAGUCCCUCCUGAGAUACUGCAGUCAUGCCCGACUAAAUACUGAAUUUAACCCAUAGAGGUUCUUCGUAUUACUGUUUGUAACAUGCCAUCUUGCAUUACAGAACACAGCAAAAAUAAUUUCUACAAAUAUUUUAGUCACAAGAUCCAAAAAGCUUUUAAGAACUUACAGAUAUUAGUGACCUUCUGGCUGUAACAGUUGUAUGCAGUUUUACUUUUUUUUUUUUUUUUUUUUUGGCAAGGACUUUCUAAGCUAACUCUUUUACUUAGGAAUAACUGCUGUUAAAAGUCCUUAUCUUACCUAUGACAGUACUGCUCUAUACUUAGAACAGGAAAUAACUGUAGUAUCUUAAGUAACAUUUUAUGGUAAGCAUGAGUAAAUUACAACUUUGUUAGUACUAAAGGUAAUCUGUAACAUACAACUUUUGGGGGAUUUUUUUCUCUUUUGAAAAUACCUUUAUAAUAUCAUUGCAGUAUUAUGCUUAAUUUGGUGGGUUAAAUCUGGGUCUUGCUUGGGUCAUUGCUGCAGCCCUGUUGACUGCAAUGUGGUCAUUUAUCAAACUUUCUUGCAAUUUUCAUGUUUAACUGGAUGGGGAUAUGGGUACAGUUGACCAAAGUCUGUGCCAACUCAGACCCUUGCAACACUUCCACAAUGAAUAGCUCUUGCAAGGACGGAUGCAGAGAGAUUUGAAAUCAAUGUACUUCCUGUUAAAUGCAGAGGUUACGUUGUUUGUAGCAGUAAUUCCUGGUCUGUAGAGACAGUACCUUCACCUCGAGUUUCACACAUGCGAGCAGAUCUCUUUCAGACCUGUUUUGGGCUUAUGUUCUUGUCAGCUUUGUAGACUUUUCUUAUUUGAUAGAUUAUCCAAUGAGAACUUUUAAUUGAAACACACUUAAUAAAACUGCAUCUUCAGGAUUUUAUAUUUAAGACUUAUGGUUUGAUCUUGUUCUUGAAUUUCCUAUGAAAUUCCUCUCUUUGAAAUCAGCUCAUUUUAUCAAGCAGUCAUCAGCUUUAUAAUCUUUUCUGAGACUAUAUAUAUGACUACUCUCUUCUACUUUCUUUCCAUCCCCCCUCCGCCCCCACUGAAAUACUCUAACUUAGGCUAACAGGAAGAAAUAACCACACCCUCGCAUAUACAAAAACCAAAAUUGCAUGUCUGCUUCUCACUUGCUAUAUGUAACUGCAGUUGUAUUCAUGCAGUGUUAAGUGAGCUCUCUUUCAGGUCCAUUGUGGUCAUUAAAAUUCAAAGUGAGGUCUUUGUGAUGCAUCUUCCAUAAAAUGGUUGGUUUUUUAUUUCUUGUGUGUGAAAAAUGUCUGCCCAACUGUGCCCUGUGAUCACCUCUCUUAAGUAAUUUAGAGACAAAGAACAGUCCAAUCACAUGUGGAAAUACUGUCUGGCUAUCUUAAUUUUUUCAGGCCAUUUGACUUUCAGGAGAAAGUGAGAAGGAAUAUCUUACUUAAAAAAAAACAACUGCAGAGAAAGUUUGCACUGACCGUUGUGACACCGUCGUACUGCACUGCAGUCUUUGCAUUGCAGCAUUGUUUCUAACCAGUUAAAGGCCGUGUCGUCGUGUCCCACAGCUGUGGAUGCAUGAACACAUUCAUCUGCUUUCAUAGUUCUUCUGGGGACAGUCACUGUUGCUUUGUUCUCUGCCUGAGUAUAUUGGUUUGUUUAAGGAACGAUAAACCAAAAACAAAGAGGAGGGGGAGAGUGUUGGUCAGUGUGUGUAAGCAGUCAUAGACAAAUAGGUAGUGGGUACAGUACUUCUGAAACGGCCUUCUCUGUUCACAUGGUGUGGUUGCUACGGUACUUCUUUACAUUGACCCUUAUUUUGGUACCUCUAAUAUUAAACACAAAAGUUUUUUGAAGUCCAUAUUACAUUUAUGCCCGUCUUUAACACGAAAUAGAAAGGCUGCUUAGUGGAACAGUCCACAAAUUGGUUUUGGUGUCUUCUGCCAUGAUCUGAUCCUUAGUCGGCUUUCACAAGUUGUCCACAUGGUGCUUCAGUAUGUUGCUGCAAAAUGUAGAGAUUUACAUUUGAGGUUUUCUCAGAGACCAAGGAUUUCUAAUAGUAAUGUCUACUCAGGUGCCAGUAAACAUAGAGGUCACUUUUUUCUUCUAAGGUCUUUGAAAAUUGAUUUAAUGUGUAUUUUGUCAUUGUCCUCUUAAAACACUUUUAGUCAUGUCCAAAGAGUGAGCUCAUUUUUUUUCUUAACACUCUAUAUACCAGUUUGCUAAAUUAAGACAGUUCUCGUGGUAAUGCUGUGUUAUCUCCCUGAGGAUCACUUCAUUUGAUUGGUGUGGAUGGGUAGGCACUGCUUUCUGCCCUAUACACACAGCACCGAGUACUACAGGCAGCUUUCUCAUGCCAUGCUCUCUCUAUGGAUCAUCUGCUGUGGUGAGCUGUCGGCCCUAGAUGAUGUUAUAACCAGCUGCUGAAUGCUUUAAGCACUUCCAGCUGCUGCAGAAGUCCUUCCUAUCACUCUGCAGAUCUGCUUCAGUACUCAGCAGCAGGAGUGCAGAUGUCAGCCUGCUCAUGCAUACUCCCCCCACCUGCUACUGCUUUGUAUGUUAAUCAUCCAGCCUUCAUCUCAGGAAUAUCAUGAGAAUUUAUUAUUCUUGUGACUGUUCCAAACUGUGUUUUCUUCAUUCACCUUUUAUUCUGUAUAAGGCAGUUCUAUUUUUUUAAAGUCAUGUUUUGUCAUAGAGAAUCCAGAAUAUUGCAGUUGGAUACUUUUUCAUUCCAAGAAAGAAGGACAUUUCAGAAUCUUUCACCCAUCAGUGUUUUCUUGCUUUUUAUGUAUUUUUCCAGUUAACUUCAGAUCUCUUGCUGUAGCUGUCACGCUGUUGUUAUGCACGCAUGUAGCUAAACAAAAGACCCUUUGCUUACAGCCCCCACUUUCUAGAGUGGCAGAUUGUUCCUCCUGUUGCUAGCACCUCUGUGGAGCGAGCCUCUUUUCUUGCAAGUUACUCUACCAGCUCUGCCCAGGCCCUCACGCGAGGUCCAGCAGACCUUGCACCAUCCUUAGAGGAGUAUUUCUUUAGAUCUUGCAGCUACGUUCUUGUGCAGGGGUUAGUUAUCAUCCUUGUGAGAAACCCUAGUAUUGUGCAAGUGACAUGCCUGAACUGCCAGGACUGCUUAGAAAAAAGGAGUGGAACAAUGGAUUAUUAUUUUUUUUUUCGGUACUUUCUCUGCAACAGCAAGUGGAACUGAUUGAGCUUGAGCAGAAAAUAAUUACAUAGUAACUGCCUUUUAUAAAAGGGUUACAGGGGUGUUGCCAUUGUCUUUCUGAGAAGCAAAGGCUUUAGGAUUCUUUUUCCAACCCAGUUCCCCAGUUCAUCCCACUGUUGUUUAUGCUGCUUCACUACGUAUUUGUGACUUCAGCUUGUAAAGAUGUAAGAUGCUUCUUAAUGCUCUUUCCUGAAUUCUUCUAAAACAGUAUCUUUUUUCUGCUGGACCAUUAUAUAUGUCAUUUUUUAUGGACAGUUUUAUGAAAAUGCUAGAAUCUUCCAACAGCGUAUUUGCAGUGAAUGCAAGAUUAGGGUGCUAAAUGACUUGCAUGAAGGUGACUUGUUCUGUAUGGUGUGACAACGCUGUUUUUAACACUUUGCACACCCUACCAGCUUUCCUCAUAAAAUGAGAGGACAAAGGCUGUAGAUCUGAGCAACCUACGCCUGUAGGUUUGGACAGAUUUGUCAGCUAACAUACAGAGAGUUACCAGUUCCAGCAGAUGAACUGAAUUCCAAAGAAGUGUUGCUGCAGAGGUGUGAGGGAGUGGCGAGUUUGAUGUUCAGUAUUGCAGUUGUUGCCACAGAACAUUUUAAUGCUGUUGUGGAAAGUUUUGUGAUCUUGUCAAUAUUUUACAUGUAUGUCUGUAGUUUUAUUACGUGGUAAUGGAAAAGGGUCUGGGGUCUGGGAAUCUUUUUUAAAUUAAGAAUGAAGGCCCUGAUUCUCCUUUAUACUGCUGUCCUUUGCACCAUGUUAGAAGGACAGAGAGGCUGUAAACGGAUGCCCACUGAGCUUACAUCCUUUGGAGUACCCCAUUAUACCGAUCAUGGUUAAAAGGUCAUUAGUAUGAAUUGAAACUGUUACCCACAGAUGUGUACAGCUGUGGGAAAUCGAUGUCAUGAUAGCCCUAUUUUGUGCAUACUGGCCAGUAACAUCCAUAUUGUUCUCAGCUUAGAAAUACAGGUUAAAAAGAAAUUUCUCUGGCCUGUUUUGUAAUGAAUACUUAAAAAUUUGUUUAUAUUGGCUGUGCAUUUCCCUGCCUUGUCUACAAAGAGAAUGUGGUAGAAGAUUUGUACCUCAAAAUAAUGACCUGGCCAGAAAUGUCACAGAAUUGUCAACAAGACUAUUUCUAAGCUUAGGUAGUUUUUCUUAAAAUGCUUUCUUGCUUUUAUUGUUAUUUGAACCUUUUACACAAUUACAUAAAAUGGGGUUGUGAGAGUGUACCGCACUCCAUGCCUUUCUGACUUCGUCCCCAGCAGGGUGUGUGGUGCUGUGUGACGUUGCCACGCUGCGAUAAGUUUUGAGAGACAAAGCUAAAAGCCAGCAGUCUGUGAGUGCCCGCUGUGUGGCACUGAAACUGCUGGCACUGCCCUGCGUGCUUGUGGCAUGCAGAGCUUCCCUUGCUGCCAGUGGCAGCGCCAUCCCCCAUACCAUUGCGAUAGAUGUUUCUCUUUCAGAAAGAUUUGAAGAAAAAAGAUCUCAUAUUUUCAUUUUUUAAUUUCUAAAGUGCAGUGAUACUGCAGAGCCUAACAAAAACAGAGUCCGUGCUAACUUUGUGGAUGCCAGACUGUAAUCCAUGUGACAGAGGAGGCAGUGUCUGAACAUCACGAAUCUCUUGUCCUGUGAACAAAAAACAACUGCAGGCAAAAAAAGCAAAUAUGAUAUCCCAACACCACUGAAACAAAGGCAGUUCUAACCAAUACAAACACUUAGACAUUUUCAACUUCAACAACUCAUCAGUUUAAGACAAUUUGUUCAGUUUAGAAGAGACAGCUCUUCAUAAUGUGACAGUAUUAUACCAGGUCAUAUAUGUUGUUCAAAAUCUGUUAUCAUAAAAACAUUAAUUUUAAGGACACAUUGUACCAAAAUGCUGUGGCCAAUGAAUUCUUUCCCGAUUCAAAAAAUAAAAAACUAAAAGAUUAACAGUAUGCCAAAAAAAAAAAAAAAAAAAAGUCAGUAUUUUCUGUCUUUCCUUCUCUCCUUCUUCCUAUCUCUUUUCCUGUUUUUCUUUCUCUCUUUCCUUGGGAUGCAUUUGAUAUUUAUUUUUCAACUUUGAGGUUUUGGAUUAUUUCAUUUAACAACCUACUGUAUUUAGAUCUGAAACAUAACUUUCACAAAGCAAAAGAUGAUGAUGUACAGGGAGAAAAAAAUCAGAAAGAAAAAGCACUUCAUUAUGUCAACGUAUCUACAGGAAAAAGUGUAAAAAAUCGCUUCUUUUCUCAAAAAAAUAUCUGGGGCCUGAUUCUUUCCUAGUAUAACUGAGCAUAGCUUCAUGAGAGUGGUGGAGCUCUGAAGAGUUACACUAGCUGAGAAACUGAACCUUACAAUCUUUGCAGACAAGGGAACCCUAACCAGCAGUACUUGAAGACUUGUGAGUUGUGACUGCAUGUUACUUGAAAGAUCUAAUUAAGCUAUGUUUUUUGGUGCAAGCAGUUGUUGUACAUGAUUUCAUGUUUAUGUAGCAAGAUGCAUUGAAAUGUUGAUACUAGUAUUGAAACAUACAUGUAAAAAUUGUUGUUGUGGAAAUUGUCUGUUCUGUUCUAUUUUUCUUGUGUGUCUCAUCUGUUUAGAACGUAAACUUUCAUUUUUUUAUUGUCCUAACUGAAUAAGGCUAAAUGAAUACUGUAAUUGAAAAUAUAUUUUAAAUCUUGUCAUGAGUUUUUAAAAAGACUAUUACAAAUUGUAUCAUUCCUGAUUACACAGAACUUUGUGGGUGGUUUUAAAUAAAUUUUAUACUUCUAUUUUGCA